GGCCCCUAGGGGGAGACUCGCUGGGGACGGCCAGCCGGCCGGGGGCAAGGGGCGCUGUGCGGGACCGGUUUCCGGGCCUCACCAGCAUCGUGCAUGUCAAGGUCCUGACCCAGCGCUGCCGCCUUCAUCCGAGCCGUCGCUGCUCGGAGAUGCAGCCUCCGCCGCCGCGUCGGGACGUCGGGACCCGAGGUUUCCAACUCCGGGUUGCGGAUCUGCUCGUUCAAGGAGCCCACGACCACAGGCGACAGAUACCUGAGGACACAACACGGCGAAAGGCUCCCGCGCCCUGCCCUCCUCCUUCGGCAGGCACCGCAGCAGCCCGGCUCCCGCCGCUCCCGCCGGGGCCUCACCGGCCUCUCCCAACUCCAGUCCAGCAGGGUGCCGCCUCCUGCGAGAGGUCCGCCGCCAUGCGCGAGUCCCCGCACACCGUCACGGGCAAGCCGGCCCAGAAGCCCCGCACUCGGCCAAGUCUCUCGCGGAGCUCCCCUACCUGCGCGACAGGGAGACAAAGCUGCCGCGCACCCUGGAGCCGAGCGCCGGCCACGCCACGCCCGCCCGCCCCCCGCGGCUCCUCUACACACCAGGCGGUGCAGAUUCGUGCCCGCCGCCGUCGUGGGUCGUUCUUCCUCGGCCGCCGCCCUCCACGCCCCCCGGCUUGCCUCUUCUCGGGGCGCUGGUGCUCGACGGUUACGGGAUUGCACCGGGUGCGGGGUCCCGCAUUCCUGAAACACCUGCGCACAGGGAAAGACCGCCACGCAGUCACUCGGAAGCAAACCACCCCGGGUCCCCAGCUAGUCUCCCCCCCCCAGAUGCUCUAUUGUUUCUGACACCCACACUGCAGGCCACACCUCACCUCCACCCUUCCCUCUCUCUACCUUGGCUGACACCUUCACACUGUUUUCCUGCAGGUGCAUCAAACCUUCUGAGAUCUUCACCCCAAUGGACUCGGCAGCCAGCUCAAAGGAAAAGGGUCCCUGGAGUUUCUCCGCCAACUGCAGGAGACCAUCUUGAGGGAAGAGGGGGAAGAGAAAGGCUCUGUCCAUACUCAGGUCCCCUCUAACCUUCAGUGCUUCACUGACCACAUUUCUUCCAGUCUCCAGACCCUGGACCAAGGCCCGGGCCGCCACCAGUGCCCGGGUUAUCUGGAAGAAAGAAGACAAUUACAGUGACAAUUCCAUGUGACGCUGUACGUGAAAACGACUCCCAACUAUCGAGGGCCCAGUUCACGUUCAGGUGGACCACAGGAAGUCAUGGUGUGAAGAUAUUGGCAGAAAAGGAGCCAGGGGUGGAAGGCCAAGUGUGUAUAUAAAAAUAGGGCAAAGAAGAAGGAUGGGCAUGGAGUUAAAAGGAGACCAAGGAACACUGGUCAGCCACAGGUGAGCAAGGCUUGAGAUGGGGGGGGGGGAUCACCAAGUUAGAGAAAGGCUGAGCUGCAUGCAGGGCAUGAGGUGACACGGGCACAAAACAGGGAGACUGUCUGGAGAUGGUGAUUCAUAAACUACAGGUCCCUAGGUCGGAGGAUGCUGAAGCUCAGGCCGUGGGACCCCCCUCACCUGGAGGCGGAGGCGGCGGGGUGAGUCCCCGAAAGGCUGCAGGGAGCCAUCGGCGGUGGAGGUGAGUCGAGCAAGGCAGAGCAGGAAGUCAGGAGGGAAGCUGUACUGUGGGUGCAGCAGAGGGAAGGCUCUCUCCAGGAGCUGUGCCCAGAAAUCCGCCAAGGUGUCAUCCAACCCCUCGCCGGACUUCUCAUAGUAGUCCCGCAGGCCAGAGAAGAGACUGUUGAAGAUGAUGGCGUGCUGGGAAUACAGGCGACCAUAGGAAUGCGAGAAGAGCUGGGCCAAAGAAUGCUGGGAUAUGGACAGCAUCUCCCGGAAAAACUCUAACACAGCCAGGGUGUGAAUCAGGAAGGAGCCACUGUCCUCCACCAGGCCACGGAAGGUGACCUCAGCAUCCCUGAUCAACUUCUGCUCUGUCUCACUGGAACAGCAGGUGUACUCCUGGGGACAGAUCUGAAGCUGGAUGAACAUGCCUACUCUGUGGUCACCCUCCUCUCAGCUCCAUGGCUCCUCCUCAGACAGUGUGCCCUCCCCACGUCAAAAGUCUGUGGGAAGUGCACAGAUGGCCUUGUCUCCUUGUUCCUCCACCAGCCUAUCGUGUGAUGACAGGAACUCACAGGAUACUUCAGAGUGGGAUAGUCUCUCUGUGUCAACUAAUGAAGACAGUGACUUUGAAGACAGCUCAAGACGCAAGGUGAAGAAGAGAGUGGAGAAACGACCACCCCGAGCUGCCCCAGUGGUAAAACAUCGGAAGAAGCGGUCCCGAGUAGUACCUAGUGGGAAUGGCAAGAAUGAAUCAGUGCCGCCAACCAAUGAUCUCUUUGAUGCUGUGAAAGCUGCUAAAUGUGACAUGCAGUCUUUGGUGGAUGAGUGGCUAGAAAACUACAAGCAAGAUGAAAAUGCAGGAUUCUUGGAGCUCAUUAAUUUUUUCAUCCGAUCCUGUGGAUGUAAAAGCACUGUAACUGCUGAGAUGUUCAAGAUGAUGUCCAACUCAGAGAUCAUCCAGCACCUAACAGAACAGUUUAAUGAGGACUCAGGGGACUAUCCCCUAAUGGCUCCAGGCUCGUCCUGGAAGAAGUUCCAGGGAAGCUUCUAUUCCCAAGUCCGCGCCUUCCGUCAUACUAGUACCCUGGCUGCCAUGAAGCUAAUGACUUCUCUGGUAAGAGUUGCACUCCAGUUGAAUCUGCACAAAGACAACAAUCAGCGUCAGUAUGAGGCUGAACGAAACAAGGGGCCAGAGCGGAGAGCGCCGGAGCGACUGGAGAGUCUGCUGGAGAAACUGAAAGAGUUCCAAGAGAAUCAAGAGGAGAUAGAGGGGAUGAUGAAUGCCAUCUUCAGAGGUGUUUUUGUCCAUCGGUACAGGGACAUCCUUCCUGAGAUUCGUGCUAUCUGCAUCGAAGAGAUUGGGUGUUGGAUGCAAAGCUAUAGCUCCUCCUUUCUUAAUGACAGCUACUUAAAAUACAUUGGCUGGACCCUGCAUGAUAAGCACAAGGACGUCCGCCUAAAGUGUGUGAAGGCUCUGGAAGGGCUGUACAGCAACCAGGAGCUGAGCACACGCAUGGAACUCUUUACCAACCGCUUCAAGGACCGGAUGGUUUCCAUGGUCAUGGACAGAGAGUGUGAAGUGGCAGUAGAGGCCAUCAAGUUGCUGACCCUUAUCCUGAAGAACAUGGAGGGAGUGCUGACUAGUGCAGACUGUGAGAAAAUCUACUCCAUUGUGUACAUUUCUAAUCGUGCCAUGGCUUCUUCUGCAGGGGAGUUUGUGUACUGGAAGAUCUUCUAUCCUGAGUGUGAGGCAAAGUCAGUGGGUAGCAGUGAGCGACGCCGGAGUCCACAAGCCCAGAGGACUUUCAUCUGCCUUUUGCUGUCCUUCUUUAUGGAGAGUGAGCAUCACAACCAUGCCGCUUACUUGGUAGACAGCUUGUGGGACUGUGCAGCGUCUUACCUGAAGGACUGGGAGAGUCUGACAAGCCUGCUACUGCAGAAGGACCAGAAUCUGGGUGAUAUGCAGGAGAGAAUGCUGAUAGAAAUCCUUGUGUCCAGUGCCCGGCAAGCUGCAGAGGGUCACCCACCAGUGGGGCGCAUCACAGGGAAGAAGGGUCUGACUGCCAAAGAACGCAAGCUUCAAGCUUAUGACAAGGUGAAGCUGGCUGAGCACCUCAUCCCCGUCUUGCCCCAGCUCCUAGCCAAGUUCUCAGCAGAUGCAGAGAAUGUUGCUCCCCUGCUCCGGCUGCUCAGUUACUUUGACCUCAGCAUUUACUGCACUCAGCGCUUGGAGAAGCACUUGGAGCUGCUUCUGCAACAACUCCAGGAGGUGGUGGUGAAGCAUGUAGAACCUGAGGUGCUUGAGGCUGCAGCACGCGGCCUCUAUCUGCUCUGUAAGCCGGAGUUCACCUUCUUCAGCAGAGUGGACUUUGCCCGAAGCCAGCUAGUGGAUCUUCUGACUGAUAGAUUCCAGCAGGAGCUUGAUGACCUAAUGCAGUCGUCCUUCCCAGAUGAGGAUGAGGUAUACAGUCUGACAGCCACUCUGAAACGUCUCUCUGCCUUUUAUAAUGCUCAUGACCUAACUCGCUGGGAGAUCUCUGAACCAUGUUCUCGACUCAUCCAGAAGGCUGUGGACACGGGAGAAGUUCCUCACCAGGUGAUUUUGCCGGCCUUGAGUCUUGUAUAUUUUUCCAUUCUCUGGACAGUGACGCACAUUUCAGAGUCUACUUCCCACAGGCAGCUGAUGAGUCUGAAGAAAAGAAUGGUAGCCUUCUGUGAACUUUGCCAGAGCUGCCUCUCAGAUGUAGACCCAGAGAUCCAGGAGCAGGCUUUUGUCUUGCUGAGUGACUUGCUCCUCAUCUUCAGUCCUCAGAUGGUUGUAGGGGGUCGGGAUUUCCUGAGGCCACUUGUCUUUUUUCCGGAAGCUACUCUCCAAUCAGAACUAGCCAGUUUCCUCAUGGAUCACGUCUUUCUCCAGCCUGGAGAACUGGGCAAUGGUCAGUCUCAGGAGGAUCAUGUCCAGAUAGAGCUUCUGCACCAGCGGCGCCGCCUACUUGCUGGGUUUUGCAAGCUGCUGCUCUAUGGGGUACUGGAGCUAGAUGCAGCCUCAGACGUUUUCAAACACUACAACAAGUUCUAUGAAGACUAUGGUGACAUUAUCAAGGAGACAUUAACUCGAGCAAGACAGAUUGACCGGUGUCAGUGCUCUCGGAUCCUGCUCCUGAGCCUGAAGCAGCUCUAUACAGAACUGAUGCAGGAGCAUGGCCCUCAGGGCCUGACAGAACUGCCAGCCUUCAUCGAGAUGAGGGACCUGGCCCGGAGAUUUGCCUUGAGCUUUGGACCCCAGCAGCUUCACAACCGAGACCUUGUGGUCAUGCUGCACAAGGAAGGCAUCAAGUUCUCGCUGUCUGAGCUUCCUCCUGCUGGCUCUUCUAGUGAGCCUCCAAGUCUUGCAUUCUUGGAGCUCCUUUCAGAGUUCUCCCCCCGCCUCGUCCAUCAGGACAAGCAGCUGCUACUAUCCUAUCUGGAAAAAUGUCUGCAGCGUGUCUCCAAGGCACCUAGCCAUCCCUGGCGUCCAGUUACCACCUACUACCACUCCCUCAGCCCUGUAGAGAACACGGCAGAGGCCAGUCCUCAGGGACCCCCCUACUCCAAGAAGAGGCGUGUUGAAGGCCCCUGUAGGCCUCAGGGAAAAGAGCCCUCAUCCCAGGAAGAAAGCCUUCAACUGAGCAGUAGCCCCCCAACACCUACCCUGACCUCCACGGCAUUGAAGAGGAGACAGUCCCUGAGGCCAGUGGGCAAGAGGCAAAAAGGUAGACCAGGACCAGGACCAGAGAUGAUCAGCAGUCAGCAACUCUCAGGCACCCAGAGGUUGAAGAUGUCAAGUGCACAGUCUCUCCAGAUUCAUUGUGAUCCUUCAGGCUCUGGUUUGGGCAAGCAGCUAACCCGACUCAGCCUUAUGGAAGAGGAUGAGGAAGAAGAGCUAGGACUUCUGGAUGGAUCAUGUGAAGAAUGGCAAGGUGGAGACAAGCUGCUUCAUAGCCCUUCUUCUUCCAGUGAGCGUGGGCUAGACCUAUUAGAUACUACAGAGCUGAACAUGGAGGAUUUCUGAUGGAACUUUGGGCCCCUCCCCUUCUCUACUUCCCACUUAAAGGCCAUGAGUGAGCAGAAGGAAGGAGUAAAAUGAAGUGUUCCUUUGGGCCCAGCCAAGUACUUUAAAGGAAAAAGAAAUGGCCUUGUUUUUCAAACCUCCAUUUCUUUCUGAAGUGGGGACUGUAUAGAGAAGCCAUGAGCCCUGUCAUUCUUAAUGCACCAGAGCUCUACGCUUCUGCCUGUUUGCAGGGUUGGAGUUGGGUAGGGGGCUUCACCUCAGCACUGGAGUUUAGUAAAACUUUGGUUUUCUAUUUGGUACUUCUUCCCAGAAACACUGCCAAGCUCUAGAUACAAGCUCUCAAUAAACAUGUUCAAAGCUAUUUCCAGGUAUGGCUUGAGAUUGUAAUGCUGAUGAAGAUUGGGUUCUUUGGCUUCCUGACACCAUGGCCCCUAUUUAAGUGCC